GAGAGAGAGAGAGAGAGAGAGAGAGAGAGAGAGAGAGAGAGAGAGAGAGAGAGAGAGAGAGAGAGGUUGGUCGGUGAAGAUCAGUUGAGUCUUAGCACGGAGCUCUUCAGUCAAUGACAGCGCUUACAUCCUCCUCUUGAAGAUGCUUGUGCUGGUCGGUGUGUGCGCGCUGCUGAUCGCCGGAGCUUCUGCCCGCAACGACAACGGCAAUUUUUUGGACGACAAAUGGUUGACCGGGAGAUGGGACAAAUUCAGAGAUGAGGUGGAGGAACCAGGAACAUGGAGCCCUGGAAAACCAUUUGAUCAAGUAAAAUUCUUUCUCCUGACCAGCCAGACUCAGCAACAACUGCUUAACCAAUGGCCUCUGGACCCUGCCAAAGAUCCGUGCCUCAAGAUAAAAUGUGGCCGCCAUAAAGUGUGUGUGGCUGAAGAUUACCAAACACCCACCUGUGUUAGUCAACGUAGAAUGAGUUUUAAGGACAUGAAUAUGAACUCUCCACUGCUGAAAUGCAAAAGAUGUCCAGUUGUGCACCCUUCACCUGUUUGUGGAACAGACGGACACACUUACUCCACCAAGUGUAAACUAGAAUAUCAAGCUUGCAUCUCUGGGAAGCAGAUUUCUGUGAAGUGUCCAGGACAGUGUCCCUGCCCUUCAGGAAAUCCAGCAGAGAAGAGAGAAUGUGGUAAUGCAGAGAUGGUUGAAGUGGUCAGCAGGUUACGAGAGUGGAUCACAGUUCUUCAUGAGAGCGGCAAUCCCAGCAAGAAAUACAAGUUCCAGAAGCCAGAAAAGAAGGUCGACAUGAGUAAAGUGCCCCUCUGUAAGGACUCUCUGGGCUGGAUGUUCUCCAGACUGGACACAAACUUUGACCUUCAGCUCGACCAAUCAGAGCUGUCCAGCCUGAACUCUGAGAAGAGCGAUGUGUGCACUAAAGCCUUCCUCCGGUCAUGUGACCCAGACAGGGACAGGCUCGUUUCCAGCCAGGAGUGGUGUUCUUGCUUUCAGAGAUAUCAAGAGGCUCCCUGCCAGUCAGAGAUCACCAUCAUCCACAAACAGCAAGCUGGGAAGAAAUUACUGGGCCCGUACAUCCCCUCCUGUGAUGAGGAUGGCUUUUAUAGGCCUCACCAGUGUCACGGCAGCAGUGGUCAGUGCUGGUGUGUGGACCGCUAUGGAAAUGAGAUCGCCGGCUCUCAUACCCACGGCCCCGCUGACUGUGCCGCGGAGUCUUCCGGAGAUUUCGGCAGCGGCGACUCUCUGCUCUCAGACGACGAAGAUGGCGAUGUUGUAAAUGAUGAAGAGGAGAUGGGAGAUGACGAUGACGAAUAUGAACAAAUCGACGACGAGUACGGUUACCUGUCGUAAUCCAUUUUCCGCCGUCUUUUUUUUUAUUAUUAUUUUAAAACAUUUAAAAACAAGGAACCAAAUAAAUAGACUUUGAUUUGGUCUUAAAGCACGUUUCUAGGUGAUCUCGGCAGAGUGCAGUACUAACAUUACUAAAGGGUUCAUCUACCCCCGUGCCGCAUAACAUUUGUACAAAAUUAAUAUCAGUACUCAACCGCAUUUCAUUUUUUAUUACUUUUCUUAUAUUCAUCCAAAGCGAAUAUGUGUAUUUUGACAGACCUAGAAGUUCAGGAAUUCAUAAGCGGGUUUGAUGAGAGAUUAUUGAGGGUUAAAUGUUUGCACUUCUAAACAUGCACAUGAUUUCAUGAACUCUUUGCACCUGACGGGAUGGGAUUUUUCAAUCGUGCCAUGGGAAAUCAACAUCCAUAUUCACCUCUCAUAAGUCACACACCUACAUUGAUUUUUGAUUUCGUCAGCAGAAUGAAUACUUCAAAUUACAGAUAAACUAGUAAAAAUGUAUCAGUGUUUUGAUAUGUAAAGGUGGACAUUCUAGCAAACUUGUUCGAAAAUGCAAAGACCCGGCCUGGAGUGACCACACAAUAAAAUAGAUGUGACUGCAGUGGAUGUUAGGAGAGGACAGAGUCAUGCUAUUUACAGAGGCUUAAACACACACACACACACACACACACGCACACACUUAUCUUGUAAACACUUUGGCAGUCCUUGGGCAUGAGGUGCCUUUGACGCAACAUGGAGGAACGGCGAAAAAGAGGUCUGGGGAUUAAGAGAAAAGAUAUUUAGUGUUAGAAUGUAGAACUUGACUGCCAUAUGAAUCUCAAAAAAAAAAAGAGAGAGAGUUUUUUUGCGUCACGUUCUCUGUUGUUUUGGUCUAUAGGAGAAAGUGAAAAUGAUUAGUUAGUUUGCAUAUGUUACUGUAGACGACAAAUCAUACGAUAGAUGCUGCUGCUGUCACUUAUUCUCCUCGUCCCUCUCAGUGCUUUUUGCAUUUUCUGUCAGAUUUGUUUUCAUGAUGUGCAUAUGAAAAUAUAAAUUUCCUUCUAUGGGCAUUGUGGUGUUUUCUGAAAAAAAAAAAAGAAAAAGAAAUAAAAAAGUUAUUUGGUCGAAUGAGUUUAUGAUAAUCCGAGGUUAAAGGAACCACCUUUAUCAGUGUUGUCCAGCUGUUGUCAUAGAGAUAACACAUUUUGGUUUGUUUGUUUUUUACAGUAUACAUAUAAUUUGCUCAAAUAAAGUUACACAGACCAAAA